AUGGCGUCGCAAAUGAAGGGUUUCUUCAGAGAGAAGAAGAAAUUGGGUGUCUCCAAAAAUCCGAAAUCAUCGAAGAAAACUGCGAAGACAAAACACUCGGCGACCUGCGGCACCGAUGUUGUUCAGCCUCCAGCUCUUGUCGCCCAUGGCUCCUUCGAUCUUCAAGACGAGUAUGAUGACAAAGAAGAGGUUCUGAGGCAAUUUGACAUGAAUAUGGCUUAUGGGCCAUGCAUAGGGAUGAGCAGACUUGAGCGCUGGAAUCGAGCUAAGGUCUUGGGCUUACACCCUCCAGAACUAGUCGAGAAUCUGCUUAAGGCAAACAUGGCCAGCUCAGAAUGCCUGUGGAAUGGACGUGUUUAG